AUGACGUUCAUUUUGUUGCUUGCAUUGAGCUGCAGCUUCUUUCUAGCGUUUGGAAUAAAGCUGCAUUACGAAGGCUUCGAGCAGACACUAGGACAGGAGUAUUAUGUGUUUGAUUUACGCGUCCGCAAGUACAACCGAACGGCUUCAGUGAUAAAUGGAACCAUCUACAUUAUACAGGAGUGCGGAAACGAAUUAGUGUUUUCGCUCAACGUAUACUACAGUCGGCUGGGAAAUCAGCAGUUUAACCAUCUGCCUAUACAUCUACCGACUAGUGGGUUGUGUGAAUUUCUUGAUAAUUUGCACAAAUUCUACCCGGAGAUAGUGGCAUAUUUCGUCAACGCACCGCCAGCAGGCGAAUGUCCCAUCAGGUUUCGGGAAGUACACGUGUUUGACCUGGAGUAUCCCAGCCAAGUUGUUCCUUCUGUACUGCAAAGAAAAGGACUAUGGAAAGCGGUGGUGCACGGUUGGCUAAAUGGAAACGAGAUUAUUCAGUACACUACAACUGUCAAAGCGACCGAUGAUUGA